CCAUCGCCAUGGUUGUUGUAAUGCAUGUGACUCCGCCCAGGAUGAAUGGUUGGACACCUCUCCUGCUGCUCAUCUGCCUGACAGUAACGCUGGGCACCACGGUUCCGGUGGGCUACUUUUUCGGGGUCCUUAACUCUCCAGCCGAGAUCAUUAAGAAAUGGUGCCAGGACAUUUUGGCGACCGAAUACGAUACCAUCGUCACUGCCAGCCAGCUGGACAUCCUCUGGACGAGCAUUGUGUCCAUCUAUCUGAUUGGAGGCAUCAUCGGUUCUUGCUUUAGUGCUCUUCUUAGCGACAAAUAUGGCCGUAAAGGCUGUCUGCUUAUUAGCGGUGUGCUGCUCAUGGUCUCCGGCAUUCUCUUCAACUGGUGUCGUGCAGCCAAGUCCCUGGAAAUGCUAAUAACCGGUCGUUUUCUGGGCGGUAUCGCCUCCGCCAUAAUCUUUACCGCUCAACCUAUGUACCUACUGGAGUUGGCUCCUUCUGAGCUUAGUGGUAGCGUUGGAGUAUUUACAUGCAUCGGUGUAACAGGUGGAAUUAUGCUCGCCCAGGUGUUCACUCUAUCCCACCUGCUGGGCAACGAGCGACUAUGGCCUUAUGCCCUUAGCUUAUACAGCCUGUUGGUCCUGGCCUCGCUUCUGCUCCUUUGGUGGUUUCCUGAGAGUCCUCGAUGGCUUUAUCUACAAAAGCAAGAUUCCGCCGCCAGUGAGCAAGCUUUACUACGUUUACGUGGAAAGAAUGCUGAAGAGGAUGUGCGUCAGGAACUCCUCGAAAUGAAAGCCACUUUGGAGACCAAAGCCAACUCUGAAUCAAGCUCUAUGUGUUCCGUUCUAGGGGAUAGAGAAUUGUGGCUGCCACUUCUACUGGUCUGCUCGUUCCAGGCAACCCAGCAACUUAGUGGCAUCAAUGCAAUAUUCUUCUAUUCCCUCUCCAUUCUAACAGAUGCUGGUUUCUCGAAAGGGGCAGCCACUUGGUUGAACCUAGGAAUAGGAGGCUUUAACCUGUGUACAUCUCUUCUAGGGCCACUAUUAAUUCGCAGGUUUCCCCGCCGUCCUUUGAUGAUGAUUUCUUGUUCCAUGUGUGCUCUGGCUCUGCUGGCCAUGUCCUUGGGUCUAUUCUUUCUGGAGCGAUCUGGUUCUACUGUCCUUACCUAUUUUUGUGCCUUCUUUAUCCUCACAUUUAUAUUGGGUUUCCAGCUCGGCCUGGGUCCCAUUGCCUAUUUCAUCGGAUCAGAGCUUCUUGAGGAUUCGCCUCGACCUGUAGCCAUGUCGAUGGGCAGUCUUUUCUCUUGGAUAGGCAACUUCCUGGUGGGCAUGUGCUUUCCCCUGCUCCAGAGUGUCUGGAGCUCCUUUGCCUUCAUCCCAUGCAUGUGCGUAUGCCUCUACUGCCUGCUGCUCACCUGGCGUUACCUUCCGGAGACACGUGGACGGGAGCCCAAGGAUGUCAAGCCACUGAUGAGCCACGGCCUCGCCUCCAAACGUAACUGAUAUGUCAUACUUACUAUUCAUAGAGAAUAACAUAAAACAAGCUGGUCUUUCGUAAAAAGUAAA